AUACAGCGCUUGAUGAAUGGGAAACUGGGAAUGGGAUAGGCACAGGCACGACUAGGGGGGCGGAAACCCAAUACCGUUAUCGCCUCCGCCAUUGACUCCCAUCUCUCCAACCCCCUCUAGCCCAGCCUAGAAUCCAAAAAUUCGUCUAGUAGUUUUCAUUUCAUCUCGGCGGCCUAGUCCUCUCGCUUUCUCUCUCUCUCGCCGCCCGUCGUCCUCCUCGUCCUCGACUCGAUUCGAUUCGGAAGACAGGGUGGUGGUGAUGCCGCUUGUGGAAUCCCCUCAGUGGCGCCGGAAGGCCACCGAUUUCUUCUCCUCAUCCAGCUUCAAGCUGAAGCAGGCAGGGCAGUCUGCAGGGGAUAACAUAGCUGAUGUUGCUGGGAAGGUCGGGUCCGUGGUGAAGAGCCGCUGGGCUAUCUUCCAGGAUGCUAGGCAGCGGCCGCCGCCACCAGGCGAUACCGUGCAGGAGCGCUUCAUCUCUGCUGCUGCCAACACUGGGGUGAUUCUCAGGAAGGGCAUUUCAGAAACGAAGGAGAAGGUUGCAGUGGGGAAGGUCAAAGUUGAAGAGGCUGCUAAAAAAACUGCGGACAAAAGCAAAACUAUUUUGAACAACAUUGAACGCUGGCAGAAGGGAGUUGCCAGCACCGAUGUCUUUGGUGUUCCUAUUGAAGCCACCGUUCAACGAGAGCAAUCUGGUAAAGCUGUGCCCCUGAUACUGGUGAAGUGUGCAGACUACCUGGUUAUAUCAGGCUUGAGUAAUGAGAACUUGUUCAAAUCCGAAGGUGACAGAAAAGUUCUUCAGCAACUAGUUUCACUUUACAAUGAGGAUUCGGGUGCAUCUUUGCCUGAUGGUGUAAGCCCUAUUGAUGUAGCUGCGCUGGUCAAGUGUUACCUUGCCAGCAUCCCUGAGCCGCUUACUACAUUUGCUCUGUAUGAUGAGCUUAGGGAUGCAAGAGUUAGCAUUGAUGAUCUAAAGAACAUACUGAAGAAGCUUCCAAAUGUGAACUACAUGACACUAGAAUUUGUUACGGCAUUGCUACUGAGAGUAAGCCGUAAAUCAGCACUUAAUAAGAUGGACUCUCGUACCCUUGCUGUGGAGUUCACGCCUUUGAUCAUGUGGCAGCAAGGGGAUUCUGGAACAGAUAUGCGGAAUCAUCUCAGAUUCACACUAAAACCACCUCCGAAAAUCGUGGAUACAACAUCAAAUACCUCUACAUGGGACCUGCUAGAUGAGGAUGAUGUGGAUGCUUCCUCGCAAAUUCCCUUGGAUGACGCUUCACCCCCAGACUACAGCGCCAUUGAGGUCAUCCAGUGCCUGAUUGAGCACCACAAUCCCAUAUUCACCGACGCAAACGAGACUGUAUGGAGGUGACCUGGCCCGGCGUCUCCUCUUUAGGUUUAUAUGGUGUUUAGCUCGUGCUCUGUACAAGUUCCAGGUAGGAGUAUGAUGUGGAGUGCCGCGCAUAAUUCUCAGGGUCAAGCAUUUUGGUCCAAACUUUAUGUUGGGAGUAAAAAUAGGAACUGUAUAUACGCUAGAAUUAAUUCUCCACAUGACAGAGUUGCCCUGUGGCUUUGUCCAUUAAUAAUGUAGCAUCAUUAUUCU